AUGAAUCAAGUUCUGGACUUUGACUUCGAUUACUCCGUCCCCGGAAUGGCGGAUGUCUUAAACUCGACUGCAAACUCUACUACAACCUCUACUGCAGCCCCCGACAAUCUAGAGAAGCUCCAGAAGCGGAACGAGGAGCUGCAGAAGGUUAACUCCGAGUUGCUUGGCCUGCUUAAGGAUGUCAAGAAUGAGAUAAACGAUCUGAAGGGUAAUGUCGAAUCCGCCCAUCAAGAGCUUCAGUCGGUACGCACGCAUAACGCCCGGCUACAAGGCGAGCUCUCCAGCCUAGGCAAGCGACGCCGUACAGCUGCCAAGACGAAAAGCAAGGAUUUGGAGCUUUCCCAGGCCAGGAUUGCGGAACUCGAGGAGGAGUUAGCACAAGCCAAGCUCCAGAGAUUCUCAGUACCGCUAUCAGACACGACCAACGCGUCCAGUCCAGAAGAUAUGUCCUUCGUCUUUACAGAGUCCAGCACGUCAAGCAACUCAAGACAGGGCAGCGUCGAAAGCUUCAAGCCCAGAAAGAGACGUAGCCCAGGAGCACAGCGCUGGGACGACUCCAUGGAUAUGCUCCAGUUUGGCACGGGGUCGGGCAAUCAACAAAACGCUAUGUUUCUCCAAGCACUCCAAGGAGAACAUAAUCAGCAAAGUGUCCCGAUGGCUUCAAUGGCCCAGUAUGGCGGAAUCGCGGAAGGACAUUCGAUGUCUGGCUAUCCGCACCCCUACAACCAUGGACAGAUGGAAGGACAGCAUAACCAGCUGCAUUGGGGGGCCGGGUAUCCUUCAAACGCUCAGCCUCGACAGGGACAUGGUAUGUCUUCAGGCCCGAAAUUCUCCGCGGCGUAUCAAGCCUCGCCCUGGAGUUUCUGA